AUGUGGAAGAUUUUCUGCGUAACGACGCUGGCUUUGAUAUCGUUGAAAUCUUUUACUUGUGCGCAAGAAUAUCUUCCACCCAAACCAAAUGGAGGUAGCGGCGGGGGCAGUGGCGCCAAAAAACCGAUGCCUGAACCAACUUGUUUAUUUUGUUUUCAGUUACCAGCGAAUUAUGAAUUUACUUACGAUGUACAAGACAAUGCUGUAUCCUUGGAUUUUGGGCACAAUGAGAAACGUAAGGACGACCGCGCUCAGGGCUCAUACCACGUGCUCUUGCCAGAUGGAAGGACGCAGCUUGUUGAAUACGAAGCAGGACCUGACGGCUAUCGCCCUCAAAUAAUGUACAUGGGCACAGCAACAUAUCCAACUCAGACCGGGAGCGGGGGCGACAAGUUCGAUGGAUACCACUACAACGCGGCGUCGAACCGGCAAACCGUGCGACAGUCAGCGCCUCGCAGUCGCCAGCCCAGCGCCGCGCCGCCGCCCGCGCCCGCACCGCCCCUCCUCUACGCGCCGAGCAAUGCUACCCAAUAGCGAAAACCGAUUAUACAACCGACUAAUUAAUUACGAAAAUAAAUUUUUAAAUCAAAAAAA